GUCGUUUGCCCUAUAUAUUGCCAUGGUGCAUGCUUAGAUUUUACUAACAGACUAGCAGGAUUAGCACAAAUGGCUCAGAGAUACCAUGUCUUUUCGCUACCUCCCGAAUUACUUGAGACCCUCACACCACGGAAUCUAAUUAGUCGACCACCACCCCAAGUUUCGACCCUCGUACAAACAGCUCCUCCAGGAUCAGAAAAUGCGAGAGCGUGUAACAUUUGUCUUGGAGCAACCUUUGCAGACGUAACUGCGCAACGCUCUCAUUUUCGAUCCGAUUGGCAUCGAUACAAUGUAAAGAUCCGCCUGAGGGGCGGCAGCCCUGUGACGGAGCCAGCCUUCGCGCAGCUUGUAGACGGAUUGGAAGACUCCCUCUCAGGGUCUGCGUCAACUGAUGAGAGUUCUGAUGACUCCGAUGCAGUCAAGGCACUCGUCAGCAAAAUCAAGCGAACAUCGAGAUCACCUUCGCCCAGUGAGGAGCGACAAACACCGCUUACAGCUGUUACUUGGUUUCAUUCGCCUCCAUCCACUCAAGUCGGGAUGUACAGAAUGCUAUUUCCAAUAGAUACCCCUGCUCCGUCAUACUUGGCGGAGCUGAAGAGCAUCCAAGAACGCGUGGAAGGUGGACGCAAGUGGGCUAUGUUUAUGGUUGCCGGAGGUCAUUUUGCAGGCGCAAUAGUAGAAGUCAGUAGACCUGCAAAAGACCAGGAUUUUGCUGUUUCUUCAAAUGGGAAGAAGAAACCACCAAAACCCAAGCCGGAAACGUCAAUCCUGAAACACAAGACAUUUCACCGUUAUACCACUCGCCGUAAACAGGGUGGUUCGCAAUCGGUCAACGACAAUUCCAAGGGUGCUGCCAUCAGUGCAGGUGCGAUGCUUCGUCGUUAUGGCGAGCAAGCUCUCCGAGAUGAAAUUCGCAACCUUCUUCAAGACUGGGCUGAUGACAUUCAGGACUGCGAAAGAAUUUGGUUACGUGCUAGUGUCUCUAAUAGGCGCAUAUUCCUCGACUAUGAAAAUUGCGUCAUUAACAAAGGAGACGAUCGUCUGAGGACAUUCCCUUUCCCAACGCGCCGACCUACUCAAUCUGAGCUUGUGCGAUGUCUCCUGGAGCUCACUCAAGUGAAGAUAUCACACCUCACAGAGGAAGCGCUCCGAGCGCAGGACGAAGCGUUCCUUGCCUCCUUGCCUAAGCCCAAAGCUACACCGUCCUCCACGCCCGCUCCAGCACCUGAAAAGGCAAAGCCCCUACGAUUGACUAAGGAGGAGGAGGCCUACCGCGAGAAGUGGUCUCGAUUACUAGAUAUGAUCAGCAAAGGUCGUUCGGAGCCUCUCAAAUCUUUCUGGGAGCGUGAAGGCGCUUCCCUCGGUGGCGUUGAUGCACCCAUACCGGAAUGGACUGGGGAUCGGCGCGCAUCCUUGCUCCAGGUCGCCGUGCAAUCAGGCCAGGAAGACGUUACACGCUGGCUGUUGUACGAACUGCACGCCGAUCCAACUAUCACUGUUCCGUUUUCAAGCACGCGUCAGGAAGAUGAAGCUGCCCAUGAAUAUGACGCAUCGAAUGCGUCUCCUCCAGGUUCGCGCCGUACCGCCUAUGACUUGGCCCGUACAAGAGCAAUCCGUGAUGUCUUUCGCCAGUGCGCAGGAGAUCACGCUGACUGGUGGGACUGGUUUGGAGCGGCGCGUGUCCCAAGCAGCUUUAACAAGGAAAAGGAAGAAGCGAGGGACGAGAAGAAAAAACAGAGGAAGAAAGGUCUAAAAGAGAAAAUGCGGGAACGGGAGGUUAGGGAGCGAGAACGGGAAGGUAAACAGUCUGACAAGGAUGGCGAACAGGUGGAGGCAAAGCCAGAGCCUCGCUCUCAAGACCCUACAGCUCCCCGAAAGCUUGGAGGUUUGUCGGGUGCAACUGAUGGUGUCGUCGGCUUGACUCCUGAGUUGAGAGCAAAGGUGGAGCGGGAACGAAGGGCCCGAGCAGCUGAAGCACGGUUGAAAGCUCUUACAGGAACAUGAUCGUAGUCAAUACUUUUCUGACCCUUCUCUGAAUCCUGUAUGCAUUCAACCUAAGGGUCCCAGUGUGACAUUGCACAACGACAAGUCCGGAUGUGCUGAGAUCCUCUUUUUAUUUUCAUGACGAAAUCCAGUGAC